AUGGCUUCGUCCAUUUCAGACGCUCAGGCCGAGCUCAUCAGCUCGCUCUCGCCCGACGACAUUCCCAUUAAGCUUCGAUGCGCCAUCUGCAGCAAGCUUGCCGUCAACGCCUUUCGCCUUCCCUGCUGCGAACAGGCUAUUUGCGAGACGUGUCAAUCCAACCUCCCACCUUCAUGCCCAGUCUGCGAACAUUCCCCUCUGGCUGCCGAGGAUUGCAACCCAAACAAGUCGCUGCGCACUACGAUCCGAGUCUUUCUUCGCACGGCCGAGAAGAAGAGGGAAGCAAAUCGUCCCAAAGAACCCAAGGCUUCUGCCCCAGCCACCCCCGUUGAUGCCGCGAAAACGUCUCUGCCAGUCGCAGAACCGAGUGCCAAAGAAGCAGCUGCUAAAGACGACGCCAAUGGAACUGCACCUGCCCAAGAAGCACCUGCAGCCUCUUCUGUGCCAGAUGCGACUCAGGGCGCUGACAAGGCAGCUGCCACGCGGCCUGAUACUGAGACCUCGUCGGGCCUGCCAAGCCAAAAGGAGCAAGAGUCUGGUGACGCUCAAGUCCCACAGCAAGGGGAUCGUCAUGGUCCAUCGGGCUCUGCAGCUGAAGAAGCCCUCGAAGCUCGUGUUACCAAUGGCCCCGUGGAUCCGAAGCAAGCUGCAACAGACGAGGCCAAAGUCCCCGAGGGUGAGGGCACCGACCACAACAACUACGGCAUGGACAGCGGCUUCUCCAACAGCAUGGUGUUUCCCGGGUCCGGCGACUUCAACCAGAUGCAAAUGAUGAUGUCCAUGCAAAACGGGAUGGGCGGCAACUCGUUUGGCGGCUUUCCCAUGAUGGGCAUGGGCAUGGACCCGAUGACGAUGCAAAGCAUGUACAUGAACGGUGGCUUUCAAGGCAUGGGCAUGAACGGCAUGAACGGCAUGAACGGCAUGAACGGCAUGGGAGGCUACGGAGGGGGUUUCGGACAAGGCUCCAAUAAUAACUGGAACGGUUCACAGUCGUGGAGUUUCGACCAGAAUAAUUACAAUCAAAGUGGUCUCGGCAUGGGCACCGGUGAUUAUGGGAGCUUUAACGCAGGAUUCCAGACAGGAUACAAUCAAGGCAAUUACGGUCAGUUCAAUGACUAUCGCCGCAACAACUUCGGGCGUGGUCGAGGCCGCGGCCGCGGCUACUAUAGCGGACACAGCCGAGGCGGAUACCACCAGGACGGCGGCAUGGCGAACCCCCAGGACCAAGGUUACCAGUCACAGCAUGGACCCGGCCACUCUACUCAAGGACAGCUCGUUUCAGACGCAAAGGGAGACGGCGAACCGGCAGGCGAGCACGCUGUCGGCCUUGCCAGACAGAUUGGCGACGAAGGAAGCCAGGGCACGGGACAAAAGCCUGGACAAGGCGGUGAUGCAGACGUGGCACACGGGGACAUGAGCCAACCUGCAUCCCACGUGCCCAUCAACGCCCCGACUGGCCCCAAAGCCAUGAGACAGGGCCUGCCGAACACCAGCCUCCACCAUCUCCGAGCUCGGGGCUACCAAGUGGACGCCGCGCCGGCCUCGGCGAGCACGGUAGGAGCCGAGGAGCAGGCGGCCGCCGAUGGCACUUCUCGUCCAAGGAGUAGAUCCCCUGACCGUGAGAAUGAAAAGACCACUGGCUCUUCGCGUGACCUCAGUCGAGGACGAUCCGUGGGCCAUGACGUGCCUGACCUGGGCAGUCGCGACGUCCUGCCCCAAAGCCGAGACCGCUCGCGCUCAGGGUCACGCAAAGGUAACAGGGCCCAGAGUCGCAGCCGCAGCCGCAGCCGCAGCCGCAAGAGCUCUCACCGGGAAAGGCGUCGCCGUUCCCCUUCGGCAGACGUCGGCGAAAUGGACGACAGCCACCGCCGCAAGAAGGCGCGAAGCAGCCGACGACACCAUGACGACGAGCACCGCAACCCAAGGGAGGACAACCACAAGGACCGGGAGCACGACAGUCGGAGAGAUCGAGACAGACAUCGUGAAGAUGACCGCCAGAAGUCGGGCCACCGAUCUCGCCGCUCCCAUGAUCGCGACCGCGAGCGUGAUCGUGAUCGUGACUAUGAGCACUCACGACGUCGUGACAGGGACGGCGACCGCGACAAGGAUCGGAAGGAGCGCAGGGAGCGACAGAAGGGAAAGGACCGCGAGAGGGAUCUUCGACAUGGCAGCAGCACCGCGCGUCCUUCGGUCAGCCGCAGAUCGUCGUCGCCGGACAAGGCGCUCGACGCUCCGAGCGGCCCACGCGGCCAGGGCGGCCGGGCCUCGGGCUCUCGCGCAUCGCAUGACCACCGCGCCGACCGCGACCAGCACGACUCCCACGGAGGCGCCGGCAAGGUCGGCACGGCCAAGGACGCGCACACGCUGGAGCGCGAGGCGCGCAAUCGGGAGCGGCUGCUCAAGGAGGCCCAGCGGAUGGCAGGCUUCGCGGGGCUGGCCGGGUCGAAGCGCGGGCGCGACAGUGGCGACGACGGCGGGCGCAAGGCGCGGCGGCCCAGCAGGCGCAGCGAGGCGCGGGACGGGGACGAGGAGCGCAUGCGGCGUCUCGAGGCCGAGCGCGAGGGCGGGCGGUGGGACUAG